GGCGCCGCAGAGUCGCACCGCCCACCUAGCGCCGCGGGGUUACGCUGCACAGCCUCUGGCGCGGGGGAGGCGGACCGCGGUCACGUCUGCAGAGUGAAUCUUCCGCACUUCAGUCUCCUGCAGAGUGACCAUGUCGAGACCUCGGAAGAGGCUGGCUGGGACUUCUGGUUCAGACAAGGGACUCUCAGGAAAACGCACCAAAACUGAGAACUCAGGUGAGGCAUUAGCUGAAGUGGAGGACUCCAACCCUCAGAAGACUUCAGUCACUAAAAACUGUGUGAAGAAUCUAAGCAGCCACUGGCUGAUGAAGUCAGAGCCAGAGAGCCGACUAGAGAAAGGUGUAGAUGUGAAGUUCAGCAUUGAGGAUCUCAAAGCACAGCCCAAACAGACAACAUGCUGGGAUGGUGUUCGUAACUACCAGGCUCGGAACUUCCUUAGAGCCAUGAAGCUAGGAGAAGAAGCCUUCUUCUACCAUAGCAACUGCAAAGAGCCAGGCAUCGCAGGACUUAUGAAGAUCGUGAAAGAGGCUUACCCAGACCACACACAGUUUGAGAAAAACAAUCCCCAUUAUGACCCGUCUAGCAAAGAGGACAACCCUAAGUGGUGCAUGGUGGAUGUACAGUUUGUUCGGAUGAUGAAGCGUUUCAUUCCCCUGGCUGAGCUAAAAUCCUAUCAUCAAGCUCACAAAGCUACUGGUGGCCCCUUAAAAAAUAUGACUCUCUUCAGUCGCCAGAGAUUAUCAAUCCAACCCCUGACCCAAGAAGAGUUUGAUUUUGUUUUGAGCCUGGAGGAAAAGGAACCAAGUUAACUGAGAUACUACUGCUAGAAUGGGCAAGAAAUUACUCCAAGACAAAAGAAGGUGUGGGGGGGGGCUUGCUUGUUAUGCUCACCUGGGCUUGCGUAGCUAAGUAGUUUUUGUGUACUUUUUUCAAUAAAAUAAUAUCAAAGUUGAAAAA